AUAAAAUGUGAUUUUGGACUAUUACGCAACAGAUUAUACUAUUGCAACGUUUUGAAGCCGAAGCCUGGCGCUGCGAUUCAACCUGUCACCCAUGUCCAGUGCAUUGAGAUAGAAGGCCGGCGGCUAAUAGAGGCGACGGAUUAGCUUGCAGGAGCUCAAUGACAAUGGCGACAAGCGGGGCUAUUUCAGACGACGAGUACGCUGUGCUGUGCGGCGCCAUCUUCAUAUGCCUCCUUCUCUGCUCCAUAUUCGUGUUGGCGGGCUUCAUCUCGCGCAGCGCGCACCGCGACGAGCAUGCGGCGCCCUUGUCCGCAGAACGGCUGCGUGCAUUCGGAGCCAACACGUUUCGUAGCUGCACCUGUUGCCCCGGCGGCAUCAGCGAUGGUCUGUGCAACGCGCGCCAGAGCGUCUCCCGUGUGAGCGUAGACCGCGGCACACGCGCCCCAACCGUAGGCGCCGCCGCAGGCGGGGUCCUGCGCAAGGCCCGCAAUAGCCUGGACCGAGGCACGCCUGACGCUGCAGCUGGCCAUACCGGGUGGCCAGGCGGCCAGCACGCCAGCCAUGCCACGCACCACAAAGCCCCCGUGCUCGCGGGGCGAAAGACCAUCGACCCCGGCGACCAUCCGGCAAGCGCCGGGCCCCAAGCGGCGCCGCGCGACGGCCUCUCCCGCCGCUUCAACAUGGCACGCUACAGCAGCGGCGGCGGCGAGUACCCCGACCCCUCCCUGGGGCGCUACGAGCGCGCGGACUGCCCGAGCGCCGCCGCCCUGGUCGCGCUGCGCUACAGCUGCACCAGCUCCAGCUCCACCAGCCAGGCCAAGCAGCCUGAACCCGCAACACGCCGCCAGGCGGCCAGCAACCGCGCCGUCCGAUCGCCCAUGCCGCUGGCCGCCCUCGCGGCGUCAAACAUUGCGACCGCCGCGGCCGCCGCGGCCGCCGCUGCAGCUGCAGCAGCCGCGGCAGGGGGUGCGGGCACGUUUUCGGACUCGCCGUUUCGCUCCCCGGCCAACCCCAGCGCGGCCACAGCCGCGACGCUGCGCUCGGCUCGCGGCAGCGGCCUCAGCCGCGCCUCAGACGCCGACAGCGACGGCUCGCACAUGCGCCGCGGCGGCAGCGGCUCCGGAGUGGACACGGGCUUCUUGCAGCGGCUGGAUGAGGCGCUGUCCAGCGGGGCGCUGCGGCCGGACCAGGCCACACAGCUGCUGCGAGAUGUGGGGUUCGACCUGGAUCAACUCCUCAUCGACGAGCUCGCGGCCAAGUGAACCGCCCGCCGCCAGCGGCACAAUUGCCAUGGGCUGACAGGCCCCUGCGCGCCGUGUCUCUGCGGGGCACGCAAACAUUUGGAGUGGUAGCACCUCUGUCGGCUGCUGCACCACAGCUGCGGUGUCGGAUGCAUGCAACUUCAAAGCGGUAACGUUAAUACCUGCUUUGUUGAUUGCGUCAGUCCGUGCGGCGCUGUGCAAGUGUGAGGACACUUGUGCUUUGCAACAUCGUGCGCUGGUGGGGUGUUGGCGUUCUGCGCAGGGCUGGUAGGCUGGUAGAGAAUGCGCAAUGUCACCGGCCGUGAGUGCACGACUGAACGCAGUAAAAAUGAUCGAUCUGAUACGAAAAGAAGCAGAAUAUGAAUGGUGCAACAUUAAUGUGUUAGAUAGAAGGUGUGUGAUUACAAGGGCCAUUGUGGAGCAGCGGCCUGCACAGGGCAGGAGCGUCAAGGGAGGGGUAGUGCAUUCCAAUCCCCAAAUAAGCCAUUGCCAACCCAGAACCCGUAGAGCGCGGAGGAGAGGGAUAUACUCGUUCUCUUGUUGGCGAUGGGGGGGUGCGCUUCGGUGGCACACGGAGGGAUAGUCCGUGCAGAUGGGUGGGAGGGGACAGUUCGUGCCAGGUGGGUAGGGUAGAGAGAGAACGAGAGGCUGUCCUUACCCUUGCGGCUGCAGUUAUCACAGCCUUCGUGAUGUUAUGUUCAAAGGCUGGAUGUUCUAUUUGAUUUUUGGCCACUGCAUGCAGUGCCUGCUAGACAAAUAAAGUCAUGUUUGGGUAUCAUCAAAUGCAAUGCUCGAGUCAGCUAUGAUUAUUACGCCAUCGCCGCUUGUCACGGUUGGUGCUCCGCGGAGUGUGGUGCCAUUUGGUGAGGAGUCUGCGGUGCUCAACUCAUCGUUGCUCGCUGGGGAGCGCAAUGAGUGCCUAUGAUAGCAUUCCAUUGCGAGCUGCUGAGUGGGAAAUCGAGCGGGUUCAACUUUGUCACGGGGGCACGAGCGGGUUGGGGCCAGUCUGUAAAGGGGCGAGGCCCGGUUUGCUGUGGGGCGUAUUUUUGUAUCAGCCAGCCGGGAGGACGGCGAUGGAGCAGGAGCAGAGACGUAAGAAACAGAAACGCAUGCAUGCACCCGUGUGAGGGGGCAGCACGCGCCCGGUGAAUAAUGGUUUAUGGUAUGCACGAUGCAGCCUUUGAGGGGGUUUGGGGUGUGGCCGUACGUGUUUGACCGCUAGCAUGCGUGCCUUCGUGAUUGAUAUGCUGUUUCUCCAUGAAGACGCCAAAUCCGAACCAUGCUAUGCGAGUUAAGUACUAUGUCCGUGUGCAGCAGCCAAGGGCCCGCUGUAUGUCUGAUGAAUAAUUUUGCACCGGCGCACGCCCGUAUGAACAAGGGGUGCCAUCCUUAAUAAUGAUGAAGGCAGUAGUGAUACCAGCGGUGUGCCUGUUUUGGCGCAGCUUCACCGUGCGAUUCUGAAACUUUUGCCAUGCGCAUGUGUGACGCGAUAGUCCCCAUGCGCCAUGUUGAAUAUGUGUGGAUGGUACUGGUCAGGCUGUGUAGGAUUUGGUAACCCGUUGGCACUUCCGGGCUGCUAAGUUUGGUGGAUGAGCCUCUGACGCUUGUUCUGUGUGGGGUUAUAGUAAACAGGCAAUGUAGGCCGGCAUACUGGUUGCCGGCAGGGGUGGUUGCCUCGCCUGGUUGCCGGCAGCAAGGCUAAGCGGCCGGCUGGCUGUCCACAGGUCCGAGGCGUGUGUAAUGGGCUAAUGGCGAUGGCUGGCGGCUUGACAGGGCGGGAUUGACUGAUGGCAGGCGUAGCGCAUCCAAAGCCCUACGUGUUGACCUGCACGACCCUCA